GUUUUCAUACUGUUUUUGACCCAUGCAACAGACUGCGUGAUCACAAUGUACUCAUAUCUUGACUUUUGCAUUCGCAGAAUGUCUAUUUCCGUGCAAGGGCACGUUUUUUAUGUGCCAAUCGCUAGGGGACUCCAGCGUGGUGAUGCAUGGACACACACUCACCUAGAUUAAUGUACUGCUCAGGAUGUUGCAGCCACAGCAGCCUAUCACAGGCAACGGGCCCAGUGCAAGCCGCGGUCUCGGGUUGAACGUCCACCCAGGAAUGCAUCCCCUUAACCCGGUGCACCCGCCUUCUCGACACCGCCCCGUAGGAGACCCCGCGGGCCUCGAAGGCACCGAAAAUGGACACGACAGCCGCCGAGACAUUGGCGAUAUCCUGCAACAGAUCAUGACGAUUACCGACCAAAGUUUAGACGAAGCGCAAGCAAAGUCUUUCCAUGAGAAAUGCUCAGGAGGAGGAGCCUCCAGAUCCACAGCUCGUGCGAUUGGACAACAUGCUGCUGGCCGAAGGUGUGGCCGGUCCAGAGAAGGGGGGCGGAGCCGCCGCCGCGGUCUCUGCCGCGACCAGCUCUGGCGGGAUGUCACCUGACAGCUCACUGGAGCACUCCGACUAUAAAAGCAAGUUGAGCCAAAUUCGGAACAUUUACCACACAGAGCUGGAAAAAUACGAACAGGCCUGCAGUGAGUUCACUACCCAUGUUAUGAACCUGCUGAGGGAGCAGUCUCGCACCCGGCCCGUGUCUCCACGUGAGAUCGAGCGCAUGGUGGCCAUCAUCCACCGCAAGUUCAGCUCCAUUCAGACACAGCUCAAACAAAGUACCUGUGAAGCAGUCAUGAUACUGCGCUCACGCUUUCUGGAUGCCAGGCGUAAACGGCGUAAUUUUAGUAAACAGGCCACAGAGGUCCUGAACGAGUAUUUCUACUCGCAUCUCUCGAACCCUUACCCGAGCGAGGAGGCCAAAGAAGAGCUGGCCAAGCAGUGCAGUAUCACUAUGUCUCAGGUGUCCAACUGGUUUGGCAACAAGAGGAUUCGCUAUAAGAAGAACAUUGGGAAGUUCCAGGAAGAGGCCAAUCUGUAUGCCAUGAAGACGGCCUUAGGGGCGACACAGAGCGAGGAAUCACCCCACACUCCAAACUCCACUGGCUCAGGAUCGUUCUCGCUGUCAGGGUCAGCUGACUGCUUCCUAGGAGUUCCUCCAAUGAACGGAGAGCAGCCUCCAUUCCUGCGGCCCGCUGCAUGUCAUCAUCUCUGUGCAUGA